GGAAUGGCCGCAUUGUUGAACAUAUGAUCUACAUAAUUUUAUUUUACACAAGAAUGCUUAUAGAACAUCAAUAUUUUUACUAGCAAUUUAGCCACAUACACAAGUUAAAAUUUUUAAGUAUUCUUGAUACAUUUUAUUAUUGUUUAAGAGUUAAACAUGGUUGGAAAACACAAGUGCCAUAUAGAAGAGGAAGAGAAAAAGCAGAUCGUUCGUGAGUUGAAAGGGUUGUUACAAUUGCUUGCCAGAAGUACCGCCCGAAAAGACUUCAAAACUCGUUCUCCGAAGAACCCUCCGCUAUGCUUGACGAGACGUCUUCCUCGCUUUGUCAAGAACUACGACAUCAUCCCGCUGAUCACCAGCAAUCCGGUAUUGGAAAUCCGGCCGACUUCGAAUCCCUCUGUCAUGCGCCGGGAACAGGACAGUCCGGACGUGGCGUACAUCAUGAUCGAGCCGGAAGGGAAUCCGUUCAAGACGGAAUGGGACGAGAUGAGGAACGUCCGACGUGACAUUUGUCCGAAGCACAACGUUCGCUACGGGGCUCACAUCCACCGAGGGACGGACAAAUCGACUCUGGACGGUCAAAUCGCCGCCCCCUACAUAGACCGGCUCGAGGCGAUCGGAAAGUUGGAAAAGACCUCGCCGACCGAUUUCAUAGAUAAGUGUAAAAAAUGUAAAAAACUGAAGGUGAGCCUCUCUGACUACAAGAUGAACCUCGCUGACGUUCAAACGGAGCAGGCCGAUAUGGUCGUUUGCAUGUGUCAACAGCCAGCACCCCAGUUCCGCAAUCAGGUCGCUUUUCCGAUCAACGAGAAAACCAUGGAGAAAAUGGCAGCAAAGACGUGCAGCAGGUGUAAAAGGCAGAAGGUCAGCCCGGCGGAAAUGCUGGCCAAUUGGGGUAACAUAAAGUUGGAAACUGUCUGCCUGUGCGAACCGCUGGAGUACUUUUUCAGAAAAGCCGGUUUCGUACCACAAGACAAAGACUUCAGGACCAACGUCACGAAAGUGCCUGUGCGUAAAAGUGACAGAAUUUACGAGCCGAGAAACAUCAAAGAGAUAUGUUAUUGUAACCCUAACAAAGACCAGAAUAUAGAUUAUCUCUGCCAGUGCAAACUCCCCAACGACUGUCUUAAAACGUACAAAUGAAUUCCGUGAACAUCCUUUUCUUUGCUGUCUUUUAGUUAGUCUUUACAGUAAUAAAAAAAACACCGGAGAAAUUUCGGCCAUCACAUUUCACCUCACUUGAUACCCGCUGAAAAUAAAUCACUAUCAACUAUUAAUAAA